UUGUCCCCUUGUGCUCCAACCAUUAAGUGCAUCUCCCUGUUUUAGCAAAUUAGUAGAGCAUCUAAUGUUUAUGUCAAUUGUUGUGUAAACGUAAAAGAAACAAUGGUAGUUGUUUCAAGUAACCUACCACAUAGAAUGUAUUGGAAAAUAGUCAUCUUCAUUGAGGUCUUUUGUUCCUUAGUUACACUAUUUCUCUGCUCUCAAUAAAAUUCUGUCAAAUUUGUUAUUAUGCUAAAAAUCAUUGCAUUCUUUUUCAAUGCUUUGGGUACAUAUAUCUAACAGAAAUUAAUUUCUCCCCCAGUUUUAACUAUUGAUUCUAUACUUUUGCUGAUUAUUUAGUAGAGAGAAAUUUAUCAGCAGAAAUUAAUUGAAGUAAUUAUCACCCAUAAAAAUGUUAUGUGGGUUAUCUGCUCCCCUUUCUGCCCUCACUAGGUCUUACCAGAGCCAGUGGGUCACAUUCACUCCCCUGACUCAGUUUAUGGCACACCACACUUGUUCCCAUAUAGCUACAUGCAAUGCACAAUCUUUCAUGCACAAUGUGGCCACAAACCCCAGUCAUUGUCAUGCUGUUUGCAUGGUGCAGCAGCACAGUAACUGUACUGGGCCAAAACUGAAAACCCCGCACUCUCUGUAUAUGAGAGGCUAUACAAUUAAUCAUUUAAAUAAUAAUACAACAACUAGUAGAAUUGUUGAUCAGAUCAUAAGACAGGGUUUCAAUGAACGUUAUCUUAGUACCACUGCUGGUGCAGUACAUAAUGACUCACACAGCAAUCAUAACAUAAGUAAUGGGGCAAAUAGUGACAGCAGCAGCAGUAGUGAUACUGACGAUAUGUCGGGGCAGGAGUCAUAUGGUAGUGUCAGUGACGUGCGUGCUGCGGUCCUGGACGCUGCCCUGCAGCAUGUACCCUUGCUUGGAUGGACUGAGGCUGCCAUUGCCAAAGGUGCAGAGGAGCUUGGGUACUCAUGUGCUGCCCACAGCCUGGUGGAGGGCGGGGGAGCCGAGCUGUUCCUGUGGCUGCAGCGACGUCUCAAUCAGCAGGUCGAGGAGCAUCUGGAGGAGUUCACUCUACAGGGAGGAGAGAAAAGGGAUGUGAUGCUAGAGGCCCUGAAGCAGCGGCUGCUGCUGCUGAUGCCAUACCGCGCUGUGUAUGCUCAGGGCCUUGGCACCCUGGCCACAUCUCCUUCCCUGCUGGGGGAGUCCAUCAGCAUCACUGCCAGCCUGGCCGACAUAGUCUGCCACUACAGUGGCAGCAACCAGCCUGAUACAAGCUGGUACGUUGACAGAGCUUCUGUUGCUGCCGUCUACAAGCUGACAGAGCUCUGUUACCUGCAGGACCAGAGUGCUGACUGUCAGGAGACGCUGCAGUUCCUGCAGAGGCGCGUGCAGGAGGCGCAGCAGGCGUGGGGUGCGUGCGACAGGCUGCAGGCAGCAGCUGCAGGCGCCGGAAGUACUGCGCAUGGCUUAUUCCUCACCGGCCUCAACCUGCUGGGGCUGAACAGCAGGAGCCGCUGAGGCAGCCGCUGCUUCGCCACCAACACCAACAGCCCCGUCUGUGUAUCCAAACGCUCCCGCUCCAAAAACCCUUCUCCCACAAUCACCAUCACAGGCCUGAUCACAAUCGUCAGCCUCGUCCGUACCACCAAGUCCUUUGCCCACUGCACUUACAACGCUCUCCUUAAGUCCAGCCCCAAAAUCUCAAAGGCCUCGCAUUUCUACCAAGAGCGCCGCCUAAUAAGUCGAGGUUCCAGUCUCAUGAUCUUCGAGUCUCGCCGCAACUGCCAGAAGAUCCACAUCCCCCGCAAGAGCCUCACGCUGUCAUCGCGAGCUCCUCUGCAAGCACUCCUAUGGCACUGAAUAUGGGAAAGCCUCGCUCGGCUUAGGCGAUUUGCUCCGAGGGUUACCCCACCCCAGUAACCACGAGCGCUGUUGCUAUCAGAACCUCUUGUCGCCUAUAGUAUUCCGUCGCCCUCUGGCACAUGGAACCGUUGUUUCCUUAUUUAAAAUGUCAUUUAUCACGAGGGUAGCCUAUGUGACGGCUGCGUUCAGCGCAAUACGCCUGCCGUGCUGAGUAAGUUCAACGACGAUCUUAAACAAUUGGGUCCAGGGGCGCGCUAAGAUUUGUAUAUCGGGACCUCGGUGGGACCUGCUUGUGUGUAAUGCAGUUGCUCGGAACUAUAGGUACUUCUGUAACUAUUGAGGUACUUCAGGUACUCUUAUAGAGGUACUUCAGGUACUCUAGCUACCUAACUUUUAGGUAUGAAAACCAUUGACGAUGAUCAAUGUGGCGGCGAGUUUGUUAAGGUUAAAAAAUUUACCAAUGAUUACGCGUUAGAUGAAUUGAUUACUUGAAUGUAUCGCAAGGAUUUUCUGCUGGAAAUAUUACUUGAAUCUUCGAUGCAAUUAAGUGAACAUCAUAUGUGCGGCGCUGAUGUUGCUGACGCAGCACCUGUUGUUAGCUGUUAAUUAGACGCGGCUUCUUGUUUGUAAGUCAUGCAUGU